CGUCCAUCACUGCACACGGCCCUUGAUGAUGCUAUAUGUUCGCGCCCGGGCACCACGUCCCACCGCCGUGGUUUAGACAGUCUGUUGUGCUGCGCUCGCUUAUCUUGAUCGUGGUCCGCACACUUACCUGACAGCUGGGACGAGAUGCUCUUCGUCGUUCACCACUCUCUCUGCUCAUCCUAGAAUGAGCUCGUCUUCGUCCUGGGCUGGUUACGGCCCCACGGCGCCCGCUCCGGCUCAAGCACCGCCUACCCAGCUGCAACGCAGUGGUUCCGGGGACCGACAGAAGAAGCCACAGUCGCGACAGCUGCUCUCGUGUACAAAGUGUCGAGAGCGCAAGGUUAAGUGCGAUCGAACAAAGCCGUGCUCUGCCUGCUGCGCACGAGGCCAUCCCAAGGAGUGCGAGUUCGUCGUCGGCGAGGGCAACGACUACAGUCCCAUCCAGCAGUCGUACGAGAUCCGAAAGCUGCGAGCUGAGAACCAACGGCUGAAGGAGAAACUCCAAGCUGCCCGCCUCACUCAAUCUGGUGAAGAUGAGGACGACGAAGACUCAUCCGAUCGAAAGGUCUCGAAAGGCUCUGCGAGAGCGGCAGCAUCACGACAACGACGAUUCCGGACCGGCGACAGGGUCGACAACCUCUACUUUGGAACUCCAGGGCUCACGAAUAUCGUUGCAGAUUUCGCCAACUUGCAACUCGGGACACAGUCGCUCACCCACACCAUCCCUCGAGGGAAGGACAUCUAUACACACGAUGGCCAGCAGUCGAUCUACCCCUUCAUGAAUCUGUGGGGAGGUGGCAGCGGCGCCAAAGACAUGGCCCGCGACCUCCUCGCAUCGCCUGACGAAGUCUACAGCUGCCUUGACAUGUUCGAGAAGCGCGCGCAAUCGUGCUACUUUCCACAGACACCAGAUCUACUCACCAGACGCGAAGUCAGCCGCUUCCUGGAGCGGACAGAGGACAACGCCGAGGCUCAUCCCGACAUGCUCGCGCUCAUAUUUGCCAUGGUAGCGACGGCGAUGCAGAUGGGAGUGUAUGACCGCCAUGGCGAGUGGGCUGAAGGGGCUGUGGACGAGUCUCGACGGAGAAGCGAUGUCUACAUCGCAGCGGCAAUGCAAGCCCUUCGCCUGGCGUCCUUUAUGAAUACGCCCACUCUUCUUGCGAUACAGACGCUCGUUAUGAUCGGACCCUACCUCACAAACAGCGGCCGAUUCCUCGAUGCAUGGACUCUUUUUGGGACGACCAUCCGACUUGCGCAUUCGAUUGGCCUCCAUCGAGAUCCAAAGGCCCUCGACGCAACACCUCCACUCAGAGAGAGCAUGAUCAGACGGACGCUGUGGUGGUGGAUGCUGCACAUGGACCAACAGUAUUCGGUCACACUCGGACGACCACUGGGAAUUUCAGGCAUCGGAGACUGCCAGCCUCCAGAACCACUUACGACGAACCCGACCAUUCUGCGACUGAACGAGUUCGUCGAUCACUUCACCAUUCUCGGGCGACAGAUCCUCAGCAGCGAUGGCAUGAUGAACGUGGGCAGGAUAGAUGAGUACACGGACAAACUUCUUGGGCUCUGGGACACGAUGCCCGAAGCUCUGCAAUUCAAUGAAACAUGGUUGCAGCAGGAGACUUCACUACCGGACUGGCCACUAGAAGUCAUGUCAGCGAUGCUGUACGCCAAAGUUCAAUCUUUCCUCAUUCUAUUGAACCGACAACGAUUAGAGAAGACACAAGGCGCACACACUGAAUCAUCGUCGCCGGGCUCGAUGCUACCUCCGCGACGCCCACAACCGAUCAUGACCAGCUCGAUGUACGGCGAUCAGCCACUUCAUCCUGCACCACUGCGAGGGAGAUCGCUGGUGAUCAAUUCAUCGAUUGCGCUUAUCAACGCGUUCAUGUUCUUUCACUAUCGAAGACCACAAGUACUCAUAUGCUGGACGAUGGGCCAACAGUGCUUCAAUGCAUGCAUGAUACUCAUUCUCGACGCACUCGAGACGGACAACGAGAACAAUCUUUGGCUUGUAAAUCAAGCUUUUGCGGUCUUUCACGAAUUGGACAAGAAAGGGGUGCACAAGCUGGCCGAUCUGGCCGUUGCACGAAUUUCCCUAGGGCUCUCAGUGCUACACGAGCGACAAAAUCAGCGAAAGCAACAACAAGCAGCCACACGAGGUGCCUCUGCAUACCACCCCCAGCUUGAGAUUGACACAGCAUCCAUGACGGAUUUCCAGAAUGAUUCCGUCAUGGGCAAUACUGGUAUGUUCCUCCUCGAAGACACGGGCCUGCAGUCUUUCGACCCGAUGGCUUUUGCGCCACUGGGCUGGAACAUGGCAGGCAGUGCCAACACCUCUCACACAUCCAAUCCCACUACGCCGAACAUUCCCUCACCAAUGAUACCCGUCAGUCAAGUCACCGCUGCUCCUUUUCCGGUCGUGACAGCGCCGCCAUAUACCACGAAUGGCAUGAUGGCAGGCACAUACAUGACACACGUAUCACCUCAGAUGCACCCACAACAGAGCAUUCAAUAUCACAGACCCGGAUCCUCCAGCAGCGUAGGACGAGGCCAGGUAGCCUUCACACCCAUCAAUACGAACUUCCCUUUACAGCAGCAACCGAUCUUACAGCCACAUCAUCCUCAUCGUCAGCAACUAUCCCCAGUCGAACAAGCAGUAGUCCAGCAGUCUUUUUCUCAGAUCCGCGGUCCCCGCCACAGUCACCAUCACAGCAGCGCACAAUCAUCACAUCACAAGAGCAGCAGUCACAAGACCGGCUCAGGCAGCAACAAACACAUCAGCAGCAGCGGCAGCAGCGGUCACCAACAUCAUGGCAUAGGCGCGGGACCGCGUGGGAUUCACCGGAGCGAACGCGGGCCCAAGAGUUCUCAGAGGAGGAAGUAAUGACGGCGAUACCAACAGCAGCGGGAGAGACAGAUGCAGCAGGCAGCCAAAGUGACUGGAAUGACACUAUGGGCGAUAUCGGAGUACGCGAGCCCAGAGGACAGCGAAUGAGUGAAUCCGACUGGCAGGAUAAUGCUGGAAAGCAGUGGACGAUGCUUUGGCUUUGGUAAUAAUGAGUCAGCGUUCCUUUCUUCGAGGAGUCUCUCAUCAUCCGAAAGAUCGGUCCUCCUGUCAGCUUUCACCGGACAUGAAAUUGACCCAACGUCUAUUUGAUUUGCACACACUGGCGGAGGCUUUCUGUUCACUUUGCAAUGGGAUAAGAGGAGUCGCGAUACCGCAAGGUAGAUCUGGUGUAUGUAGAAGGAUAUCGAGGACGAUGACACAGCGAGGUCAGGCGGCAGUGAGAGCAGGAGACAGACGAGUGGUGCAAACAGAUGAGCAGCGAAUAGCAGCAAAUGAGCGUUCAUGCAAGGAGGAAGUAGGUCGUAGCAGCAGCAAUUGGGUAAUGGAAUCUGAUCUGCUCUCUUCUAAUCCUUUGGUAAUAUUAGAACGAAUGAUUUCUCCGUAUCUAUCGUAUCUAUUGUGCAAUCUGAUCUGCCCUGCAUCGAUCUCCGCGGCCGUGUCAGGUCUGAGUGCCAGCGCGAGAAACAAGUCUUUCCCCAAAUCAAGCUCGUGACGAGCUGCAAAGUACUCGUACCUGACAUCAGCAAUUCUUCUGUCGCAUACGAAACACCUGCAUUAUCGAUCAGCAUGACACUCUAUCACGCGACCUCAUCGGCUGUUCUAGACCAUUCGUAGCGUCCUUUUGAACAACGUGGCAAUCCAAGCCAUCAAUGGUGAGAUGCCACGGUGCCACCUCGACUAGCGCGACAAACGACAUGACAGCUCAUCAUUGUUGUUGAUCCUUCGCAUUCUUAAUUGUGCCGUAUACGACUUGGCAAAGGAUUCGACUUUGCCGCGAGAUUUUGUGUCAUUGGUGGGCUUGGGAAAAUCGGCUUGAGGUUUUGCAGGGAAGACCUUGUUGGAGUGCUGCGGCUGAGGAAAUGCGCUAGUGGUGAGUGGGAGGUGUUUGAAGAAGAGGGAAGGGAGAAGGACAGGUGGUUUGGAUCUGAAGGGAGAGGGAUUGAGGUGUUGAAUUGGACGUGGGGGAGAAGUGGGUGGUGACUUGGGUAGGGCUGAGGUUGUGGCGUUGUCGUGCAUCAGCGCCUGAAGACUGAGAGAAGGCUCUGCAAGAGAAGCCUUCACUGCAUCAAGCGAGUUGCUUCAGACCUGAAGAAUCCCUGGCCAUGAUGGGCACUCUGUCACUGAAUAUGGAUGAAGAGUACCAGGCCAUGGAAGAACAGCUAGUUGGGUGCCUGGAAUCGCUUCCAUAGCCAGACAUUCGAAGAGCUCUGCCGUGGUGACAGUUUUGGCCGAUCGUACAGGCUAUCGUGUGAUGGGAAGAACGCUACAGAGCGUGAGCAGCUUGUCGGGAAAUUGGGGCUGUGAACUGUAUACAGGAGCCAGCUCUUAAUACCGCCAACGCAGGGGCAAGAAAGUCACUCGGAUGAGUUAUAUUACUAAUUGUAGGCUUGAUAUUCAGUGGCAUGACACGCUGGUUGACAUUUGGCGUAGGUGUUCCAUCGACGAGGGUCCAUGAAUGCGAGCUCAAUGUCGUAUCUGAUAUUUCUUCUGUGACCAAAUUGUAGAAUACCGAUCUUCGAGAGGCGUGGUGCAUUGUUGUCGAGCAUUGGCAUCAUGCCGCCCUGCGAUGCAUCCCGGAUGAUUUCCAUGUGAGACACUCCGUUGCAGCAGCCCGUUGUCGCUGGACUGGCGUGAAUGUGGCUCCUGAUCGAACACCAGCAUUUAUCGGCCUAUACGAAUGCAAGCUGAACACUGAAGCGGAGGUGCACAUGCGGAUCUUUGUGUCCAUAUCGAUGGGAGGCUCCAGGAAUCUCACUCAAGUACCUUGGCCAGUCGUAGUAUCCAGCAUUGUCACGUUGUU